GUAUUACUUCAGGAUUUAAGCAAAGAAAGAUGGGCUUAUAUUUCCAAGACCCGGCUGAGUUGGACAAACCGGGUUUUCGAGUGUGUCGUCGGGUCUUAGCCGCCAUUUACUUUCACUCAACCGCCGACGAUGAUGUUCACUUCCGGAUUGUCUCCAUCUCUCAUGUUCCCGUAUUUCAUCACAAACUUUAAUCGAUUUUCUUCUCUAUUCACAACCCCCGCUGUUAACUGAUUUUAGGCACAAAUGAGAGACAUCGUUUGCAAAAAAUUUCUUUUUCUGUAGGUGCACUCUGGAAAACUGGCUGGUUAAUGAUUCACAGUGUUCUAAAAGCAAGUAGGUUCCUCAAUCCACGUAGAGAAACCCUUGGUUUGACUAUUGCCGUUAGUGAUUGUGUUUAUCGUUUUGCAUUUAGUUCAAUGAAAGAAAUCAAUUGUAAAGUGGAUUCUAGUUCAUGUACUCUUGCCCCCAAUAGGGAACCCUGCAUUACAGAUUCCUUAUCAGUCAGCGGGAAUUGCACUACUUCAUCUACGAGUGUAAAAUCCACCCCUGAAAUUGAAAAGAAGUAUGUUCAUCAUGUAUAUGAUGCUAUUGCGCCGCAUUUCAGUGCCACCCGGUUCGCCAAGUGGCCGAAGGUUGCAGCAUUUUUGUCAUCUUUGCCUUUGGGAUCUAUUGUCUUUGAUGCGGGAUGUGGAAAUGGGAAAUACUUAGGUUUGAAUCAGGAUUGUUUUUUCAUAGGAUGUGAUAUAAGUCCUUCCUUGAUUAAGAUCUGCUCGGAUAGAGAGCAUGAAGUUCUGGUUGCGGAUGCUGUGAAUCUCCCUUACAGGACUGGUUUCGGCGAUGUGGCAAUAUCUAUAGCUGUGUUACAUCAUUUAAGCACUGAAAAUAGAAGGAGAAAGGCAAUAGAAGAAUUGGUCAGAGUUGUUAAAAAGGGUGGCCUUGUUCUGAUUACAGUUUGGGCUGUAGAGCAAGAGGAUAGUAAGCUGAUUACCAAAUGGACACCACUGAAUGAGAAGUAUGUUGAUGAGUGGGUAGGACCAGGAAGUCCUCGUACUCGGGCGCCUUCAUCCUCAUCAUUGGAAAGUAUCCCCGAAAGUGAGGUGAGUCGCUCUGGUGAGCACAUGGAAGUUUGCAAUGAGCCACAUGUAUCAAGAGAUUUGGAGGAAGAAAAAAAUAUAAAGAAUCAACAGGAAUACUUUGUUCCCUGGCAUUUACCUUAUCAUCGUGCUGAAAUCAGUGGUGCUUCUGCUGAAGCUCUUGCUGCUGGUCUGGCAACGAAAGAUGACAACAAAGGUGCUGUGGUGUAUAAUCGAUAUUAUCAUGUUUUUAGUGAAGGCGAGCUUGAAAGUUUGACAACUGGAAUAAACAAUGCCAGAAUUGUUGAUCAGUUUUUUGAUAAAUCCAACUGGUGUAUUAUUCUUGAGAAGACAGUGUGACCAAGAAAACCUUGAGGGAGUAUAGCAGGCCAGAGUGUAGUAUAACAACUUUUACAACAUUUAUCUUGCAAGUUAACUUUGUUUGGCAUCUAAUUUACUAUCGAUAAAAAAAAUGGGCAGCUGCAGAACUUGGACAGAAUGAUUAUCUGGCCAUUUCAUCAUCCAGACCAGGUUGCAUUCUUCUGGAAAUCCUGAUGUAUUGUUUUUUUUGGGUUCUUUUUUAAUUUUUUGCAAAGCCCAAUUUUGGUUGUAACAAUAGGGCACGAAGGAUGCCACUGUUCUGCAGUGUUGGUUUUAUAGCUGGGCACACUGUCUGCCCAAACAAUGCUGAAUAUCUUUUGGCCACCUACAGGAGCAUUUUUACGUCAUGUAUUGGACAAUUCAUUUGAUGGUUGGAUUGCACUUUUUUUUGUCGUGAUCUUCGCUUUCUCUAUCAGCUUCAAAGGAAUUCAAACUCUUGCUGGGUUAGCUUCUAGCUCCUUUUUAAAAUCCCUUUUGUGAUUAUGGAUGGGAUCAGCAGACUAGUGAGGAAGAUCUUAGGAUUGGUUCCCUAGUAACAUAGGGUGCGUAUCAUUGUUGGAUCCCUCCAUCUAAGAACAUUAUGUUAGCAAUUUAAAACAUGAACUUGUAUUUACAUGUUGAAUGUGGUAACCGCAGCUUAAUGUUGCCUAGACAGCAGCCAUUGUUAUUAGUCAUGAACGUUGGAUUCUGUAAUUCCUUUGCUGCAGUGGCUUCUGCUAGCCAAAUAUCUAAGAAGCUAAACUUGACUAUUGUAAACGGUCUGCACCGUUUUGGAAAUUGUUUUCCCCUGCGUUUGUGCUUUAAGGUACUCGAUCAGUCAA